GCCCAGAUAAGGGAAAAACGAAGACCCAUGACCCGUUAUAAUACCCCCAUCAGAAGUUUGGGAAAAAGAAAACAAAAUCCGAAAUUGCUUUAUGCUUUGGUAGGUUUAGCUGUAGCCUCACGUUCUCUUGGUGUUUCUCGCUGUUCAAAGUAAUUCAUAUUUGGGUAGUCAAACUCAUCUACAGAACUUUAUUAACCAAGUCCACCGCCUCAUAUUAUUGCCGAAUAGAACUAGUGAUAGAAUAGAUGUGAUCGAUACAGUUAAUUGGUGAAAGAAAGAAAUAAAGUCAUUGCAAGAAGAAUUUCUGUUUGCUGGUGACUCUCACAUAAAACGUUGUUCAGAAACAUGACUUGUACAAUAUGGCCUGUAACUACAGAAUACGGCUGUGCAAAUUUGUGUCCAUGGAACAAUUUCUCCAUUCCCGGAUCUCAAGAAAAUACUUGUACAUUAUUCUUAGAGUAUUUAGGAUUUAGUCUGUAAAUAGGGAUUUUCCGUGUAGAUAAAUGGAAACAGACAGGGUUAAGGUCUUGGAUGAUGACCACAAAAUAGUGGUCAAUUUGAAGGGGAAAACUGUGACAAAAACUGCAUCAGUUCGAGUCGGAGCUAGCCGCACAGUGUUGUCUCAACAGUCCAGCUCACCUUCAUCAUAUAACAAACUUGGCAAGCGUAAACGAUCAGAUGAAUGCAAAACCAAGUGUAGAUCAAACUUCAGAAGCACUGUGCUUAAAAACUACAGAAAUUUCAGCAAAAGUGGGCUUCCUCAGCGAUUUCUAUACUAUGAAUCUGGGGAGUGGAUAGACUAUCCUCAAGAAAUUGUUGACUUGGUUAGGGAGCACUUUCAACUGAAAAAUGCUGCUAUAGAAGUGGAUUUGAAUGGCUGUCGUUUGUUGCUAGAUAUUCUGUAUAUGAUACAGUUGGAAGUGAAAACAGGUCUAGUGAAGCAAAUUGCUUGGAUUGAUGAAGCAGGUUGCUGCUUCUUUCCAGAAAUUCAUUCCUGUUUUUUAGAAAAUGAAAAGUACUGCCAUUCUGAAUUACAGCAGAGUGAUUUUCCUGUUGUGCUGAAAGAGGCAAAUGGGCCCCAGGAUAUCACAUUGAAGCUUGAGAUUGGAAUAACUGGAUUGAAUAGCUCCAAUACAGAGGAAUGUGUUGAGGAGUCAAAUAGUCCUGCUAAGAGGACUAAGAUUGAACAAACCCCUCUUGGUAAUCGAGACUAUAUGAAAGUAAAUGACUAUUGCAACCAAGUAUCAGAUGCCAAAAUGCAGGAAAUCAAUAAGGGAACUCUACGGUUUGAUGAAAAUAUAAUGACUGAGUCUCCAGUUUUCAUUGAAACACUGGAUUCAAAUUCAGUACGAGACCUGUUUGAUAAGGGCAUUGGUUCCUCUUUGAAUGCAUGUAUAGUAGAGAUUAAGCACUGCUCUAGUCAUUUGAUGCAAGCAAGAGCUGAGCUGUUCCAAAAGCAGGUUGAAUUAACAAAGAAGUACCGCGGGAAUCCAAAUGUCCAGUAUGGUUGGAUGGCUGUUACUAAAGAUGCACUAUCUAAAAUCAUGAUGUAUGGGCUUGGGCAUGGCGGACCUACGAGUAUGUACUCAAAUGGCACUGGAGUUAACUUGACAUCUGUUAAUCACACUCAUAUCAGUGCAAGUUACAGUGAUGAUGACGAAAAUGGGAUAAGAUACAUAAUGUUAUGCCGUGUUAUUAUGGGAAAUGUCGAAAUGGUCAAUCCCGGAUCUGGACAGUGCCAUCCCAGUUCUAUACAAUUUGAUAGUGGAGUUGAUGACCUUCAAAAUCCAUGCCAUCUUAUAGUUUGGAGUAUGAACAUGAACACCCAUAUUUUUCCGGAGUAUGUUGUCAGUUUCAAGACAUCUUUGAAGGCUGAAGAACUUUUUGGUGCUACUACAGGGACCAUGGUUACAGAAAGCAGAGGUCAUCUUUCUGGAAUUACAACUAGUGAUGAGUGUCCAGGCCAGUUGCAGUUCAACGGCUCGCCAAUGGAACCAGGGAGGCAUCCUAGGCCAGCUUUAGAAUAUGAGAAAUCACAGGAAAAGCCUGUUGAAAUUGGCUCAAGCUCUUUGACAACUCCAAAAUCCCCAUGGAUGCCAUUUAAAGCGCUAUUUGAAGCUAUUUCAAAAGAAGUUGCUCCGAAAGAUAUGAAAUUGGUUAAUGUUCACUAUGAUCUAUUCAGGUGCAAGAAGAUCAGCCGGGAUGGUUUUAUUCAGAAGUUAAGAGCAAUUGUUGGAGAUGCCUUGCUGAGGUCAACCAUAAUGAGCCUUCAGUGCAAGCUACCACCAAGAACUGCGUGCCCUAUGAAACUGCCAAAGCAGGAAGAAGAAUUUGAUACUGCUUGAUUUGUUAAAAUUGGUGGUUGGAUCUCUGACUGUUGUUAGGGUCUGGCAGAUGUUUGGUAAGGUUGCUGCUCCCCUAAUAUGUCGACAUGAUGUGAACCAUAUUACCUUUGGACAAAUGGAAAUGGCUAUGUUCUUAAAGUAGCUUUCUUCUAAAUUUUGAGUUGAUCUAUGCUUUGUACUGAAACCUUGUGUGAACUCUGUGAGUGUAAAGCUGAAUUGGAUCUGAGAACUGGUAGCAUAUGAAAAUGUUAAUUCAAGUUUUCUUGCAAUUUUUGGGAA